CGUCAUACCAACUCUCCUAUUCAAGAUGGCGGACAGUCACAUAUUCACUUCUAUGUAAAUAAAGUAUCAGGAUAAACGACAUCUAAGCUAUGAGAUGCCACACGAUCGUGUGACUGUUUUUAGUGGAUAAUCAUCUGAAAAGCAACGUUAGUUAUAUUACAAGGGAUGACUGAUAAUAGCAAUAUAGCUAAGCUAAACUGAGGGAUGGAGAGUGACUGCAGGAUUCCCAUGUCAUGUUUAAGACCCAGAGUUCUGGUCCUGCACAUACUUUUCUGGGGAUUGGUGUCUCUCAGAAAUAUCAAUAGAUGUGAGAUUCUUCUGUGGAAAAAGGUGUUUGGGGCAGCAUUUCUUGGUGAGGAGAAGUCCACAGUAACAAAGACGGUGACCAUGCCAUGUUGGCAGGUGGAAGAGUUUGUAGUUGCGAGCGACUGCACUUUGUGUACUGCUUUUCAAACGAAGACGCUAAUUGCCUGCAUCCAGACAGGAUACGUAGAGAGGAUUAACUGUACCAAGUCCAACAAAGAUGAGUACAAAAGCUGCCGCUCAGCAGUGAUGGAGGAGCAUCUCUUUUGGAAAUUUGAGGGUGCCAUGUUAGGCCUUACUGUUUUCUUUGCACUCGUAGUGAUCGGCCGGCAGAGGUCUUUAGACCGCCAAGCCUCGGAAAAGGUUCGCAGGCAGAUUGAAUCUAUUUAGUGCUCAGAACUCUAUUGAUAAGUAUUUUACAUGUGAUGAGCAGCUCUAAAGCGCUCCAGAGUUACAGUGAUCAUCAUUUGGUCAGUGUUCUAGCACUGCUAUAGUAGCCAGUGUAACUGGCCCGGGGUAACAAUGGGAUCACUGGACACUUGUUGACAAAGCUCGUCAUAUGUGGAUGGAUGGACGGACUCAAUGUUUUUUGUUUUAACUUUGACAUUCAAUGUAGAUGUUAAUCUGUAAAGGCAGAUUGCUCUUUCCAUGCAACAUCUUUUCACACAAGUUGCUCAUGAUAUUCUACAGUGAACUGCUAACUGUGAACCGCCAGGAUUUAAUAAUGAAGUCAGCAUCUAAAUCAACAGACAGUAUAAUCGAAAAGAUUAACAGUUUGCUUACUUGUUGGAUUUUCUACUUAAGAUUUUCUGUUCCAGCUGAUACUACAUGUUCACACUAACACUGUACUGAUCUUAUGUAAAGGGAGACUUCAUUUUGACAUUUGCUCCAAAUUAAAUUGUAUUAUGUUUAGAAUUCUGCUAAAUAUUAUUUGCCCUGGAACUGUUGUACUGAGAGAUGUUCAUUACAAAUUAAUCUGACCCUGCUUUACUGUGUGUUUUAAUAAGUGUGUUGCAAAUCAAAUUACAGGGAAUAUAAACAUGGACACAGGAAUCAGGUUGUUGUUUGUUUCUUUGUUUUAUUGUAAAUGUAAAAAAAAAAAAAGAGAGAGAGAUAAUUUUCACACCCUUAUGAAUUGUCCCACAGGAACCUGUAAAUGUUCUAGUUUGCUCUAAUUUUACUGAUCAUGUAAAGACAUCCAUAUAUUCCACUUUCUCACAAAACAGUUUGGUUUUUUUUGUUUUUUUUGUUCGUUUGUUUUUGUUUGUUUUUUUUUUACAAAAGACUGAAUUUUAAGUUUCAGUUAAAAAUUUUGUGGUUUUGUUUUUGAUUCCAGUCCUUUAUGAUUUUGGUUCUGAAACAUGGCUUCUGCUUAAUUACAAGUGUUUGUCAUGUUGAACGUAGUCUACGGUGUGUCUCAGCACCAGUUUGAGGUUUUAUUUAUGGAGUAUUUUGAUACAUGCCAGGCACUGCACAUAUUGCUGCUGACCGUUACUCAAUCUAAAACAUAACUAAACUUUAUCAUAUAGGUUAAUUUGCAUAUGUUACUUUUUAAAUGAGCUAAUUGUUGUAUAUGUCGAAUAUUCUUUUUUUUUUUUUUUCCUCCCCGCACAAGCAAAAGCUACAGCCUUUGGUUUCAGGUACAUGGCUGAUCUUUUAAUACGCCAUGCCCGUCUGCUCAUGUGUUUGCUCUGGCAGUGUAAAGCAAGUUUGAAAAAAGUUGAGUUUUAUCAAAUUCAUUGAUGCAAUGAAGAAAAGGCUGCAUGCUGUUUUCUCUUUCACCAGUUUUAUUGGUCCACCUGACUGUAGAUUAUGUAUUUUUAUGAAAGAUGUGAGACAUUUCCUGUUCUCUGUAUUUAAAAGAGGAACGGUGGAAUAAACCAAAUAGAAAGAA